AUGGUCCACACGUUCAGCGCUGCCGUGUCAGUUACAUUAUUAAUGAUGCCACAGAAACUAAACACGUCCGAGAAGCCAUAUGUCAUGAAAGAGAGAGAGAAGGAGGAAUACUGUAGCUACUUUCAAGGGUAUAUUAAGCGCAAGAGACCGUCUGUGGAUCGAAUCAACGUAAAACUAAUGUCGCCCUGCUGCAGGACCAGUUCAUAAACACAAGUAAGUGCUCAUGGAGGGAGAUACAGAGGAAUCAGAUGAGGAUGUUCAGGAAGAGGACAAGCCCACAGUGCUCUGGGAGAAAUGCAUUGAGCAGAGCAUCUUUGUUGACCUCAGUGAGGAUGAAAGUCUCCACCUCAGUGAUCUGGAGAGUUCUUUAGCUUUACAUUUAUCCCAAGCAGAAUCUACUGCCUCAGAGGCCAGCAUAAACCUUACUGGAAAUGCAGAGCUGUCAGAGCUGGAAGACACUUCCUCAGAGAGCAGCACUGUCAGCAGUAAGAGUGUGAAAGUUGAAAGCAAAUCUAAAAGUAGCAAAUUCUGUGUGUCUGUCCAAAGACCAAACACCAUGAAAAAUGAGCCACCCAUAAUGCAGGAGUGUGAGGACUCAGGACAAAACACAAGUGAUGAGGAUCAGGAGGAUCUACCCUAUGAUGGUGACCUCGGAAGCCCCUACUUCAACCAGACAGGUAGUUCUAUAGGAAACUCUGAUGGAGGACACACUGUUCAUGGUAGUCCUGAUCUUCCUGAUUUUCUUGAAUUGUUGCAAGAGGAUGCCAAAAAGGACAACUCUUUAAAAGCUUCUAAUUCUACUGAAGUAUCUCCACCAUACCUCAAUUCUGCACACAUUAACCAGUUGUUGCUGCGACACUUCUCCCAGGAGGAGUUGCUGCAAUCAAGUAGGUUGAUCGAAGCAGAGACUCUGCCGGAGGUGUCUCUGCUGGAGAGUGUGGACAACACUGUUUUAAGUUUGGCUCCAGCACACAACAGUACAGAAAUACACAGUGAUCACACAAAAAGCUCUGAUAAAAGGAGUAACUCGGCAUCAAAAUAUGAAAUUUUGGAGAUAAAGACGGAAAAGAAAAGAGAUCAUUUCACUUUAUCUGGUGAUGGCAACGAUGGAGGCAGCUCUGUAAGUUCAAACCAGAGCAGUAGAGAUAUCAGUACGGACGGAGUGGAGCAAGAAAAGGCAGGGGAGGAGGAUGAUCAGGUUCAGAGAAUCUCUCUGGUGCGUACCAGAUCCUUCAGCGAGAUGAAGUAUGGCCAAGGCCAAGUUCAUUACCCCCUCCCUGACUUCUCCAAGGUGGCUCCUAAGGUAAAGAUUCCUAAAACACCGAGUGGACCCACCAGAUCUAGUCCUCAGUGCCCUAAUACCAUGCACAGAGCCCAGUCUUCACCAGGGAUGUUGGAGGUGAUCAGUAGAGUCCUGGAGGAUUCAGUUCCACCAUUAGAGAAGUCCUAUGUCUUCAAAGACAAUGACAAACAGACUUCACCAGCACUGGUGAAUCACCUCCAGGUUAAAUAUGAUAAACUACUGACCAAGUAUGCAGAGGCAGAGAAUGUAAUAGACCAAAUGAGACUAGGAACCAAUACUCAGCUGUUAUCAGAACAGAUGCUUCUUUCAGAGGAUGAUGACGGUGAACAUGUCGAGUGUGACAAAAUGAGUCAUCCCAGACACUUGAGUCCCCCCACAUUCUUUCCAGAAAACUUAAGUGAAAAUAAAGACGAAACUAUUCAAACUGUUAAGGAGACGAUCAUAGUUUCCUCAAACCUGCACGAAGACUGUCCAAGUGAUGGUGAGAGAAUGACUGCGGAGCUCAGAGACAUCAUCAGCCAGUUCAUGGAGAAGGUGGAGGAAUUUAAAUUCAAUGUUAGCAACAUGGCUGUAAGCACAAUAGAGCAACAAAUGAUGUUGAGGAGCAUGAUGGAGGCACAGGACCAGCUAGAGAGGAAAUACAUCAGUAAGAAGGAAGAGCACAGAACUCUAGAGAUGCAGAACUACAUGGGUCUAUCCAGGAAUACUGGUGCUUUUGAUCCAAACAGAUUGGUGGAGGGAGACAUAUUCAGGAUAGGGAUGCACCUUGAAGACAUAAAGGAGAUGAUUGACAAAAACAUAUAUGAGCAGAUUUCUCCACCCUGUUCAUCCUCCACUCCCACACCCACUACAGUGUCACAGCAUGCAAAGCCUGGACCAGUCUGCAUGUACACACCUUCACCCUCAUCAUCCUUGCACAAGGGGGCAAGUGCAGGUCUUUCUACAGUGAGUUGUAAAAUGAAUGCACAUGAAGAAGAAAUAAACCAGGAGGACUUGGAGGUGGCCACUAAGCUCCAUGAAGAUGGUGGAUUAAACCAAAGCAGUGAGCUCAUGACUGCUGAUCCUGUAAUGAAAAAUGUUGGAAGUGACAUCUGCCUUUCAUGGGACUUACUGGGCUCACUGGAGGGACCAGACAUCCAGACAGCUGAGAACAAGGAGGGCUUUAAAAGAGAGAAGAACUCUGUUUUAUCAGAGGUGACCGAUCACACUGAGAUCCUUGCAAACCUGAGUGGAACCACUUGUAUGUUAAAACAGACACAGCAAGCAGGCAGCAGAAGUGUGUGGGAUCUGGGGGAUUGUGUAAGUCUGGCAGUAGAGAUCUCCUGUUCUUCUGAUGCUCCUAGAAACUCAGACAGCCACAGUCGAUCAGAGCCUCCUCUCGACACCUCAUACACAUCACAGGAGCAGAGGCUUGUAAGUCCAGAGACAGACAGUGGAUUUGGGAGCUCCUAUUUGAAUCAGUCCACCUCUGAAACAUUUCACCCAAAUCUUCUCACAAGAAGUGUUCGGUCUCAGAGUGAGGGUCUAAGUGGUUCAGGCAGUGAAGGUUCCUGCUCCAACCUGCAGACAGCCAUUGUUGCAGCUGUCCCAUGUGACCACCAGACAACCAGCUCCCACCCACCCAUCCAAACGCAGCACUGUGAACCAGCAGCUGCUGCAGUUGAGCUGUGGCUGAAGAACACAACUAAGGAACCUUCAGCCAUGCUGCAGGAAAGUGUCCACAACCUUCCCGCUCAGCUCCACCACCACGUAUCUGACCCUGUACUCAGCAUGGAUACUGUAGACAGACGGAGCCCACUACACUCCUGCUCCUGUAAUAGUGAAGCUAUCCUGGCACUGCAGUCAGAGGUGUCAAGGUUGAAGAAGGAGCUGGAGGAAGGCUUAGUCCAGCUGCCUCAUUUAACACAGAGGAUGGACUAUCUCACCUCAAAAUACAGACAAGAAUGUCAGGGGCGUAGGUCUAAAAGCAGAAGCCACCAGAUACCAGAAAUUAGCAGUGUAAAGAAGUCGGGUGGCAGAGGAGGGCGUCAGUUGACGUUAGAGGAUUGGAUCUCUUCAGACAUGGACCCCAGCAAGAGCAAAGGUAGAGACAGUGAUGACACAAGUUGCUCUGAGAUCCUGUUACACGAUUCAUCUGCAGGAAGCCGGAGAGGUAGAAGAACUGUUUGUUCAAUGAGUGAGCUUAGAGAUAAACUCCAGCUAACAACACAGUCCAACAGAGGGACAUUGGAUAUCAGCUCUACUGUAAAGAGAGAGAUUGAUUUGGUCUCUGAAAGUCGUGUCAAGCAAAGACCACAGGCUAGCAAAAGUUUUCACUCCAAGGAUAGGUGGUCUCUUCUCUCAGAGCUUUCUCUCCAGAAGCCCCUCCUCCAGGUCAGCUAUGGCUCCUCCAGCAGCCUGCCAGCCAGCUAUAAAGUGAAGGAGCCACAACUGCAAUCCAUGUCCCAUCCCAGAAAACGCUCCACCCAGUCAGACUCAGCUCUCUUGCCCAGCAAUGUGUAUUUCCAGCGGACGCCGUCUCCAGUCUCAGUGUCCUCCAGGACUGCCUGUAAGACAGGCAGACGCAGUGGAAAAAAGGAAGAGGACAUGAACAGGACUUUGGACCAGGCUAUUGAGGUUGCCCUCACCAUGAAGAGGACCACAGACAGCAUGGCCCAGAGACUGUCUGAAGACUUGGCCAAGGCUCAGCUGCACAGGAAACUUAACAUGCAACCACUGGGGGGCAGUAAACACCAGCCUUUGUAACACUGUUUUCACCCACUUUCCGGUCUGUAUCACACCUGAAGUUAUUUUCUAAUAACAAUUUUUAGUUGUUUUUUGUAAACAUACUUUUGUGUUGAAUUUGUUUUUCUUUA